AAAUUGCGCUACAAAAACCGCGCGUACCGCAGCCCGCAGCCAAGCCAAACACCACUCGCAGAUCCGCUUCGCUUCUCCGAGACAAGCGGAGGAGGAGUGCUUCUUCCGAGCACACGGCGCGCGAGGGAGAGGAGAGAGGAGAUGGCGGCGGUUCGGGAGCCCAGGGAGGAGGCGGCGGUGGGGGAGGGGGAGGGGGAGGAGGAGGGCAGGUGGGGCGGGCUGCUGCCGGAGCUCGUGGAGGAGGUGGUGCGGCGCGUGGAGGCGUCGGGGGGCGAGCGGUGGCCCGCGCGGAAGGACCUCGUGUCGUGCGCGUGCGUCUGCCGCCGGUGGCGCGAGGCCGCGGCGGCCGUCGUGCGGCCGCUCCCCGAGUCCGGCAGAAUCACCUUCCCGUCAUCGCUCAAGCAGCCAGGCCCUAAGGACUUCCCAAUCCAGUGCUUCGUCAAGCGAAACAAGAAGAAAUCUAUGUUCUAUCUUUACCUAGGCUUGUUGAAUGGUACCAUGGAUAAAGGGAAGUUUCUCAUGGCCGCUAGAAGGUUUAGGAGGGGGCCCCACACAGAGUAUGUUAUUUCCCUUGAUGCUGAUGACCUGUCACAAGGAAGCAAUGCAUAUGUGGGGAAACUGAGGUCUGAUUUUUGGGGGACAAAUUUCAAGAUAUAUGACAACCAGCCGCCAUACGAUGAUGCAAAAACAUCAAGCACUCGAUCUAGCCAGCGUUUUGGAAGUACCCACCGUUUUGGAAGUAGACGGAUCUGCCCCCAAAUAUCGGCAGGCAACUUCAAUGUUGGGCAGAUCUCAUACAAAUACAACCUUCUUAAAUCUAGGGGACCUAGGAGGAUGUUUUGCACAAUGGAAUGCCCUUCAACUCAAGAAACCUGGGAGAAUUCCCUCAAGACAAAAUCUUUGAGGUGCACAGGAACCACUGUCUUAAGGAACAAAGCUCCCCGCUGGCAUGAGCACUUGCAGUGCUGGUGCUUAAACUUUCAUGGGCGAGUGACAGUUGCAUCCGUGAAGAAUUUCCAGCUUGUGGCCACAGCUGACCCCAGCCAUCCAGAUAGCGUUGGAGACGAGGAAACAGUUAUCCUGCAGUUUGGGAAAGUUGACAGCAAUAUCUUCACUAUGGAUUACCGCCAACCUCUCUCGGCGUUUCAGGCUUUCGCCAUCUGCCUUAGCAGCUUCGGUACUAAACUAGCUUGUGAGUAAACAAUCAUGUCACAGCGUGGUUGCAUACUUCAUUGGUCAAUUCUGCUGAAGCUCUUCUAUUGGGCUGCUACCAUGGCCAUCUUUUAUUUUGGUUUGCAUCAUGGUACUGCAUCUGUAUUUAUUUACUAGAAACGUACCAUUAGUCGAGGCGAAGAAAAAAAAAUCAGGCUCAGCCUGUGUUUUGAAAUCAAUCAAAGAGGGACUAAUGUAAAUAUGCCCUUGUCCAUCUAUUGUUGUCCGAGAAAGUCCAUCAUUUUUUAUACUGUUGUAAAGUGAACAAUAACCAGAGUUAUAUAUCAUCAUGGCGGCUGUUAUGGUUCAAAUUCUGUAAAUUCCUUCUGGCAGAAAACUUGAAUGACAUCUGCACUAAAGCUUAUUGGCUCGUAGUGAAAGAACAAAACUGAAGCGCUGAAACCUGAAACAGAUCCGGAAUUCUACAACGAGGUGACGGUGAUUUGCUGCAAGUUCAGGAGUCAUUGCUCGCCUUCGCGACGCCAGCCUCCAGUGUUUCCAUCUGCAUCUCCAGCAACUUCAGCCUCUCGUUCAUUCUUUGCAGUCUCUUCCUCGCAGCCUCAUCUGACAAAGAGGAGAGAAGAACUAUGAGUCUCUCUUAUCGCUCAACUUACGCCGGGAACAAUGUAAACGUCCAUUGAAAGUUUGAAGCGGGGGUUUGAACCUACCGAGCUGUGAAGCCUGCUGCGAGAUGAAAUGCGAAGCAGCCAUUUCCUGGCCGUUAUCAGUAGUGACAGUCGUGUUGAUGGGAUCACUCAACCUGGAC